AUUAGUGAGUUUCAAUUAUUAGUGUGUCGUUGACUGUUAAACAUGAAGGGCUUUGCUUUGGUCUUGUUGUGCGCGGUGGCUGCGUCCCAGGCUCGCAGCACUGGCGUCGAAAUCGGGCGUGAAGCCGCGUCCUUGGGCGAGAACCCUUGGCUGGUGCAUUUGCGCCUGGCCGUGACCAACAGCGGCGGCCUCCUGAACUCCUGCAUCGGCUCGCUCGUCGACCCUCGCUGGGUGCUCACCUCUGCCAGCUGCGUCAACAGUGUCAACUUCGUGUGGAUCCGCUACGGCGCCGUCGACGUGUUCACGCCGGAGUUGGUGACGGAGGGAGGCGCCGCAGCCGGACACCUCGUGCAACGCCACCCUCAGUACGACCCUGUGACCGGCGCCAACGACAUCGCUCUGAUCAGAGUCAACAGAUACGUGCUCAACCCUCCCAGCGCAAACAUCGCCGUUGUGGAGUUGGCUGCCGCUGAUGCUGAAGUGCCCUCAUCCGGCAAGGUCUGCACAUACGGAGCUGAUGCUGAUGGCGCCGCUGGUGAGUUCCUGAGCUGCGUCGAUGCUGACGUGAGCACCGACGAUGACGGUGUCAUCUCUGCCGAUGCCGAGAGCACCAUCUUCGAUCUUGGAUCCCCCCUGGUGAAAGACGGAAUGCAGUACGGUAUCCUGACCAGGGCUGGUGAUAGCAGCAGCUUCAUCAACCCUGCCGCCUACCGCGACUGGAUCGAGCAGACCGCUGAAAUCCAGCUCCCUGGCGGUAACGACAGUGGAGACAGCGACGACAACGGUGAUGACAGCGACGACAAUGGCGAUGACAGCGACGACAACGGUGAUGACAGCGACGACAAUGGUGAUGACAGCGACGACAAUGGUGAUGACAGCAAUGACAGCGACGACAGCGAAGACAGCGAGGGUCUUAAAAUCAACUUCGUCAACUAAAGUCAUCACCGAUGGACACUUGAUGUCUCUUACUACUAAAUAAAACAAUAAAGAAAUAAAAUGGUUUAUUUUUUAA